UUAAGAUUGUUGUAUCUAUCAGUUAGUGUUUUGUCAGUUAGUGUUUUUUCUAAUCAUCUAAAAAUCAAGUUAUUUGAUUUAUAAAUCUCGUCGAAAUCUAUAUCAUGUGAUUUAUUCAAAUUAUUGUGUUUCCGAAAAAACUCCAAUAUUAUUUUUCUUGGCCGAUUGUUAAAGGUUAGGAACAUUGAAUGUGAAGAAUAAUUAAAUCUGAGAACUUGAACGAAAAAUAUCGGUGUUUUGUAAAUUUUUUAAUCUAAUAUAAAGUUUUUAAUUUCGUUACUGAUAUUAUUUUCACAAUUUCCAUAAAUCUCGUAUAUCAUUUUGUGAAUGUAAAUUUUGUAAACUUUAUACAAUCAUCGAUUUGAAUAAUUUUAAAUGAAAUUUUAAGUUUCGAAAAUUUUAAUCAAAAAAUAUUUUCUGUUUUCCAUGCAUUUUGUUUGAUUUUUAUUUAAAAACUUUUUUUUAUAACUGAUAAAUAUUUCUAGAAAAAAUAUCAAAAUGAAAUAUAAAAGAAUAGUUAUUAAAAAAUUAAAAUUAGAAAUUUAAAUAAUAUCCGUGAAUAAUUAUUAAAAAUUGAGAUUUUUGUGUAUUGUUUCUAAUAUACAAUUUUUUUUCUUAAUUGGUAAAUAAUGAAAAAUGAUCAUGAAAAAAAUAUUAAAAAUAAAAAAGAUAAAAUAAAUAUUAAUAAAAACUUUUUAAUAAUAGAAGUUAGAAAAGAAGAUAAUUAUUCUAAGAUAUAUUAAUAAUUAUAAUAAUUAUUAUAAGUAUACAUAUAAAAAAUUAUAAAUUUUUCAGAAAGUGAUAAUAAUAAAUUUUCUGUUAUACAUUAUGAAUUAAAAAUAAUAAAUAAAUAUAAUUAUAUAAAACUAAAUAAAUACAAAACAAAUAUAAAUAAAGAAAAAAGUUUUAAAUUAGAUAGCUCUGGAUUAUAGGUUAACAGAUUGUUUUCAUGAGGUAUAAGUAUCCUUUCUCUAGGAUCCAUGUUAAUUUUAAUGUAUAUAACCAAUCGUGAUAUAAUUGUAGAUGUGAUGAAGGAUUUACAACAGUUUAGACAGAUGCAUGGAUAAACAGACAAGAUUCGUUCGCGACUCGCGCGAGAAAGAUGUUUGAAAUCCGAGAAAGAUUCAAGUCUCGCUUUUAAAAGUUUCGUUGUUAUUGUUGGUCUUGGGCCAAGCUAAGUAAUGCUUUACAUGACGCAAAUACAUCAACCUCGUCGCCAUUUGCUUUUCCUUUCAAUCUUUUUUUACCUCAAAUUCACCAAACAUGACAAAUUGAAUGCGCUGAUAGAAUUAUUCUAAUCUCCUGAAUCAACUCAUGUAUUUUUUGGUUGAAAGAGAAAGAGACAGAAGAAAACGUAACAAGGUCGUCUUGAGAACGCCUGGUGCGGUUGAUUACCAAGGCCUAAAACCCUAGAAAUUCGCCUAAUACAUGCGAUAUUGGCUUCCUUUAUAAAGCUUCCGUUUUUCACUACCAAGGUCCACAGUUCGAGAAGAAGUUGGUCUCUACGGCUAUCCUUCUCAUCAUCUUCUAUGAUCCCUCAUCCCCAUACGAGAGCCUGGCCAUCCAGUUCUAUUACGUGCGUUCAUAUUGUGCCGCGUAUUGAAGUUCAGUGAAAAUUAAAGGAAAAACAAUCAAAUCUUAUGGUGUACCAGAUCAUAGAGAAACGAGUGCUUCACCAUGAAUUCCACGAUUAUAUUAUUUUAUUAUUGAAGAAGAAAAAAAAGUUGGAACAAGAUAGUGAACAGUUGGAAGGAGAAGUAGGAACAGUGUAAGAAAAAAAAAAGGGAAGAAGAGGAAAGAAAGAAUUCAAAAUGGGGAAGCUGCAAACGUUACUGAUGAUACUUGGUAUUAUUUGUACGUGCACUUGCGAUGGGCGUACAGAUUGCGGAAAUCACGCGCAGAUCUCGCUGUUGACCAGCAUCCAUGAUGAUCCAUCUUGCCGGAAGCUGUCGGCCAAAGGUGUACUAAUAUACGAAGCCGCAAAAUUGCUUACUGAAAUUCAUAACAAUAAGAGUGGUGGCUAUGAUAUAGAAUUGACUGUUUUCGAUACAUGCGGCAGCAUAACUGGUACUCUAAAAGCGGCGAUGAAGGCUCUCGUAGGGGCAGAUACAAGUUGUUUGCAACCGCCUUACUAUUUAGGAAUUAUUGGACCAGAUACUGCAGCAAAUGCGGAAGCCGUACAUAAGAUAACUUCAGUACUAAAAGUACCACAUAUUGUGACACGAGUAUCGAAUUCUCCGUAUCUUCAUUAUCUAAUGAAGGAAUCCGAUUCUUAUCUAAUUCAGGGAACGUUAAAGAUCGUGGAAGAAUUAAAAUGGAAAUCGUUUACAUUAGUGGUGAACGGUGAUGAGGAUGGUGAGGAUGACACUCAAAACAUUGCAAAAAAACUAACAACGGCAGCCAUUAAAAAUGGUUUUUGUGUUUUGAUCUCUGAUGGCGAUAAAGAUGAUUUAACCACGCAUAUCGUGCAUAUUGGAACUCCGGAAAAUGAAUUCUUCAGCAAACCAGUGAAUUCGACCAUUUUAAUUGUCAGCGAAGGACACGUCGAAGAACAUUUAAAACAUGUCAACUCGACAAAUACUAUUCUACUCUUGGAAGAUUCCAGGAACGAAUUCCCAGGAUUAGAGACAAGGGUUGAGAAAUCAAAAUGGUGGUCCAUUAAAGAUGACAAGAAAUAUGACACGGAGGAGUUGAGGGAAGUCAAAUGGCUCGAGAACGCGAUAAAAGCGUAUGCAAAAGCAUUAGAUACGCUGUGCAAAAAGAAGAAAUGCAAGAAUCAAAUAAAUCCCGUGGAUUGGAACAACGUUUUAUCAAAUGUAAUUGCGGAUUACACGAAGGAAUUGCAAUCAAAUACCGCUUUUCUCGAUCUGUCGAUGAAAGUAAAAGUUGGAGAGCUGCAGAGCUUGGGAUCGAUCACUGUUCUCAAGGACAAAGUGAAGUUACAUUGGGGCGAUGAGAACAAGGAGAAAGAUGAAGAGGAUGACGAUGAUGCAGAUAAUGAUGAGGAUAAUAAUGAGAUGCCGAAAGAGUUCAAAAAGUUGAUCAGUAAGGAGAAGGGGACAAAGGUCGGAUGCGCUACGACGCCUAAAGAGAUCAAACUGUUGCACGAGAAUGAUGAUGAGGAUGCUCAAGUUCUUGUUUCUGAAAUGGAUAAUAGUGAAUGGUGGACCAUGGUCGGCACAGUGAGCGGUGUCGGUGUAGCCAUGUUCGUCGUUGGAAUUCUAGCUGUUUACGUGGUCUAUACAAAUGUUCGUGGACCAACGACACCAAAGAAUGCUCGUACCGAAAGAGAUACUAGCCUGAGAAGAAUAGGCAGCGAUAGAGAACCACCUAUUCGCUCUCAAAGGCAUCCCCGUAAUUUACAGAGGAGAGACAGCAACAGAAGUAUCAGAAGUACCAUUUCUGAGAAAAGCGUCUGAUUAGAUUUUUUAAUCCAAAUGAUAUCAACGACCAAAGCAACUUUAAUGAACACUUAACGAAUUGAAUUCUUUUAGGAUCACGAUAUUAUUUGAUUUGGUCAUAUCGACUGUAAUUUGUUUCGGGUUGAUUCGAAUUGAUUUUAAUUAUUCUGAUUAUAGAACAAGAUGGAUAACUGUAGAUAGUUGAUAGUAUAAGUUGUAAAUGAUUCAUUCCUAUCAUUGAGGAAAUAGAUUCUUUUUGACGCAUUAUUAAAAAGAAUGAUGUGCAACAUUUUAUCUCAAUGGCUUUUUUUCUCUUUCGCUCAUUUUAUUUUUCUAUAUUCGAUGAAAUAUAAAAGAAAAUCCAAACUUUCAGUCAAUCAAUUAGAAAUUAUUAGAUCUUUUUCAUGUCUCGAAAAUCCAAAUUUCGAAAUUGUUUGGAAAAAUUCGGGCGAAGUCUCGAUAUUCUUACAUGCUCGGUAUUUAAAAAUUCCAAAAAUAUCUUGACAAUUUAAAAAACAAAUUGACUUAAAAAAUUCAAUUAGUAAAAUGAUGAAAUAAAGAUAAACCUUUAUUUGAAUAUUUUAAUACAAAAUAUUUCGUGUUUAAUCCGUACUUAAAAUUAUGUAAGAAGAAAUGGCAAAAAUAACUAAAAUACCCAUUGUUAAUUUUGAAUAAUAGGAAAGUAUUAAGAUCUUCGAUUUUGUUCGAAUUUUUUCAAUCCAUUCCGAUUUCGUAAUUUCGAAUAUUUAUAUAUUUCUAAUCAAGCCAUUUGGAUUUCUAUAUUAUUUCUAAUAUUUUAUAAAUAUCUUAUCUAUAUUUUAUAUAAUUAAAUUUCGAUUUUUAAAUAGUUAUCCAAAUAAUAGAUAUUAUUAUAGAUCAGAUUAAAUUGAUUAAAUUUCAUUUAAAUUCUUCAAUUACUAGAUUCAAAUUGAAUUGAAUUGUAUCAGAUCGAUGAGAAAUUAAUUGUAUAUUUGGUUCUAAUGAUAUGGAUUUUUGAUUUGAUAUUAAUUAGCUCGAAUUAAAUUGAAAUUCAUUUUUUUUAUAAUAAAGUGAAAUUGAUUUAGUAAAGUACAAUUUUUUUGUUUUUUUUAGUUGAUUUUUUAUAAAUUCAAGUUCAUUUUACCUGGAAUAUACUUAUUAUUGAUUUGCAUUCAAUUUCAUUCGAUCUGUUAUUUUCAUUCAAUGCAAAUCGAUUCAAAUUAGUUUAAUUAGUGAUUUUCGAGUCCAGUUUAUUAUUAUCAAUUGGCUAAAAUAAUUUCAAUUUUCAAUCUAAUUUCAUUUUAAUACGAAUCAACUUCGAUAUUCAAAUGAGUGUACGACUAGUUUGAAUUCAAGUUGGUGCACCACAUAUUUCCUAGAAACUUUUAACAAGUAAUUUUCAAUCUUAGAAAAUCUUAAGUGAUAAAAUAUGUCGCCUGUUUGCUUAUUAGUUAUUUUAAACACACACAUAUACACAUGUACAAGCGUUCUCUCUCUCUCUCUCUCUCUCUCUCUCUCUCUCUCUCUCUCUCUCUCUCUCUCUCUCUCUCUCUCUCUCUCUCUCUUUCUCUUGAAAAGAAAAUCAAAUAAUAAUAUACAUUUUUCUGUGAUUAUUCUUAGAGAAUAACUUAUCUUUUAAUCCUCUUCUAAAAAUCAUUGAAAAUUCAAAAUAUUGAAUGAUAAAUAGAAACAAGUUUGAGCCAACAUUCUGAUAAAUGAGGUUGAAAUGGAACGAAUUUUUAAACUUAUAAAAGAAAAGUAAAAAUAAAAAAAAAAAAAACAAAAAUGUUAACAAUUAAUGAAAAUAUUAAAUGAAAAGGAUUAAAAAAUAUAUAUAUAUUUCUAAUGUUAGUAAUUGAUAAGCUUUCUGGAAAAAUAAAACAAAAAUAUAAAUAUUUAUUUAUUUAUUUAUUUAUUU